CAUUCAUAAGCAAACUUCAGAUUAAAUAAUUUGCUUUUCCUGCACGAGCUGACUCAUACACUCAGUGUCUGCACAGGGAGUUCAAAUGUAAGAUAAAUAAAAAAAGAAACAGGUUAAGUGAAGUCCAGUAAUGCAACUCUAUGAACUAUAUCCUGUAUUUAGUAUAUGUAUAUAGGUAUGAAUAAUCAGUACAAUAUACAAAAUUAUAUCACAACAUAAAUGUUAUGCUGUUGCGGUUGUUACUCUGAAUAUAACAUGUUAAAAAAACACUCCAGUGUUACCCCUGCACCUUCAUGUUAAUUAUUUCAGUAAGAGAUCUGGGAUGAAUUUAGAAUAGAGUAAUUUGUAGUGGACAUGCUUCAGCAUAAGAAGCAGCCUUUGUUUUUACAACUUAACUAGGACGCAACCACUGACUCCAUGACAACCAGUGGUUGCAUGACAACCGACCAUGACCCCAUGGACAGAGCAGACCGCCAGGCUCUAGUUAUCACCCAGGGGCACCCAUUAAAUUGGUGUAUCUAUCCUGCAACUAAUCCAAACAUCACACUGGAGGGAAAAAAAUGAUGCAAAAAGGAGGAGCAGUUGCCUCAGAGUCUGAGCAUGGACACAGGAUGGUUUUUACAGGCCCAGAUGGAAUUGGAGACUACAGACCGAGAUCAAAUUAUUUCCCCCGGUACAUCGGUGUGGGCACCUCAUCACCUGAGGCCACGGGUGACCUCAGUUACUUGUGCCGAGCUGCACCACAUGCCCCCCCUCCUAUGCCCAGGCAGAGCUGCGUGGGGGAGGUAGGCUGGGGCUGGCAGUACAACCAGCUGUUGAACAGCGGGACGCUGCUCAGCAAUAUGCAAAUUAAGAAAACUGAUAUACGGACGGCAUUGGAGGACAGAGUGACUCACAGGUUCCAGAGCAAACAAAAGAACAUGACAGAUGACUCACCCCAAGUCAGCACCAAGUUUCACAGAGACAGUCAGCGCUAACAGCAGAUGGCAUUCCACUACCCACGGCGGCUGCAGGAACCUGACUGUUAAUGAGAAGUGCCCCAUUUGAUUAAACAUCUUCUAAUCCCCACAA